AAUCUUAGUCUUAAUCAUAAAGUAAUCAUAAUGAUUUAUUAAAUAAAAAAUCAUUGUAUUAGAGUCUACUUUGUAACAAGUUGUCUUUUAAACUUGUAGUUGAACCCUUAUUAUUAAUCAAUUUUAAUAAUUUAUUAAUGACAAAUAAAAAUGAAUUGAAUAUAUUAUAUCACAAUGCCAUAUUGGCGUGUAUAUAUAAUAUAUAUAAAUAUAAGAAUAUCAGCAUCCCCAAGUUAAAUCUGUGAUUUACACCUAACAUUAUUAUAUUAUGUAAAAAUUAUAAGCUAAACUCAAUCAACAGUUCAGUUAAACAAUAUUAAUCAUGAACUAGUCUAACUUUAAAGAACAAAAAAAUACAAUUAGAUAUAAAUUAUAUCUGUUUUUAUAGUUAUAGACAUUAAAAUUCUAUACACUAAAUACUAUUAGAUUAUUAUAGAUCUAGAUCCUUGCCAAGUAAUUGGCAUCAUUUGGUUCUUACCUGUUACUUGUCAAGACAGUCAUGUAUUAAAUAUCCACACUCGUCUACACUAAUCUAUCUCUACAGUAUUUGUCAAAUAUAUAAUAUAUAUAUAUAAAAAGUGCAAUUAACUUAAUUGUGAUAUGAAACACAUAAAUAAAAUUUUAACAAGUAUCUAGAUCUAAGUAAAAAAUAAAAUCUAAACAUUUUUUUUAUUUUUAUAAAUCUCUAGAGGACUAAUAUUAGUGAUAUUAUAUUUAUAUUAAACUUAUCUUCAGACUUUUAUAUAUAUGAUCUAGUUUUUAUUAUAUUGAAGCUUUUUUUUUAUUUGCAAACAUAUUUUAUUCUAAAGCAUUAUAAAUAUAUAUAUAUAUAUAUCAUAAAAGUGGGGUGGGAAUUCCGGCCUAGAAAUUACUCUUCACUAGAUGCUUUACAAUUAUUAUAAAAUAAAAUAAAUGAUCACUUUUUCAAUAAUCUUAAAAAUAUCUAAUGAAAUUAAUGUAAUAUGCUAAUGUUUUUUGUUUUUUUUUAAUCUUGUUUUCUAUCAAACCCCAGUUCACAAAAAUGUCAAUAAAAUUGUACUAGAGAAAAAAAAAAAGGAAUAGUAAAUGCUGCUAAAUAUAAAAUAAAUCAUGAAAUAAAUCUCCUUAAUAAAACUAUAGUAACCCUACUUAGUAAUUUGCAAAAGUCUUGUUCAAAUCAAAUUCCUAGCCUCUCAGAAUGUCUACUAGAAGCCCAGAGAAAAUAAAAGUAGAAACUAAACAUAAAUUAUAAUGCUUUAUACUUUAUUAAAUAUAAAUACCCUUCUACUUGUUAAACUUGCAGAGCGAGACCAGCAAUAGACACCUAUUUAUUUGUUUUGCUAUCAAGGCUAACAUUUUGAAGAAAAUAGAAAAAAUCUUACAUAGUAAUAUUUAGAAAAUAAAAACAUAAUGGCAUGAACAUACUUUUCUAGUUCAAUUCAUCCCUCAUUUUAAAAAAAAAAUAUUUUUUAUAUAUUAAUGUUCGGAUGUGCUAGGAUAUUGUCACAUUUUUAGAAAUUGGGUCUUUUCAUUCAUCCCUAUUUCUGAACUGCUUGAAGCUGGAUUAUACUCUGGAUGAAUCAACAAGCCUGCAGCGUUUUUAAAUAUUUGUAUUUGUUCUUUUAUCAUUUUUUUUUAUUUUUGUGUGGUCAAAACUGAAUCAAUUCCAGGAAAUAUGAAACUUUAAAAAAAAAAUUUGGUUCGUGUGGAUUAGAUGCACUUUCAGGUGCUUCCAGUUGAUGCAGCAUAGCAAGGCUGGAUAUGAUGGCCGUGGGCACCUGUAUGAUUUGGUAUCACAUGAUAGUGAAAACGCAAACAAGAAUCCGGUACUUACAGAAGAAGAAGAAGCCAUCGAAAAAGCGUGCGAUGAAGAGCGUUACUUAGAACUGCAUACAGAUGUACGAGAAGCCCAAAUUUAUGAAGAAGAAGAAUGGAAGCGUUACUACUUGUCUCUUCAAGAAGGCUACAAAGCUGUUGGGUUCAGUUAUGAUGAACAAAAUGGGGAAGAAAAUGAAGAAGUAGCAUUCAGAGAGACAGUGAAAGAAGACGAUGAAAAACCAUUUGUGCCGUCCCCAGAGCUACAACUUCCAGCAGACAUGCACUUACCAACGUGUGUAAAGCAAAAUGCUCGGAUAGAGAAAACAGCCAGCUUUAUAGCACAGCACGGUAUCCAGAUGGAAAUUAUGCUGAAAACCAAGCAGGCUGGAAAUAGUCAGUUUGACUUCCUGCAUUUUGAAAAUGAGCUGAACCCUUACUACAAGCACAUGGUCCAGAUGAUCAAGUCCGGCAAAUAUAAACCAGCUAUGGAGGAGGAAGAGACAAAGAAAGCUGAAGAAGAGGAAGGAAAUCACAGCUACCUCCACCCAUCCCUGUCUUCAAAUACAGCUACACAGCUGCCUCCUCCCCCACCUCCACCUUCAAAACCUAUUGAGUUGCCAAAAGUCUCCAUCCAUGACACUCCAUAUGGUGCGCUGAUUAAAUCAAUCAGACAGAACACUGAGAGCUCUCGCCUAGCUGCCUUGCAAGCUCAGUCAUACCAGAUGGCCUAUAACAAUGAAUACCAAGAGCAGAUGAUGUACAUGUAUCAUAAUAACCCACCUCCCCCUGGAACCGAGACAGUAACUCUGCCCAUGGUCACCUCCCUGAGUGGUCAGUCUCUUGUUGACCAGCUGUACAGUCAGCCUCUGCCCCCAGGCACAGAAGAUGAGUAUGGGGAAACGCAGCCGGCAGUGAAGGAGAAAGGCAAGAAGAAACGAUCGCACAGUUCCGACAGCUCGUCAUCCACAUCCUCAAGCUCCACUUCCAAUAGUUCUCGCUCGUCUAACCGUAACAAAAAAUCUUCAAAGAAUGCAACGCCUUCUAAAGGGCAAGCCAGAGCUCAGGGUCCUAACCAGAUUCAGGCACCACCCCCAGAUGUGGAGCCCAUUGUUGAUCGCAUGGCCAUGUAUGUGGCUAAAAAUGGUGCCGAGUUUGAGACGGUCGUGAUGAGUAGAAACGACCCACGUUUCCAGUUCUUGAAUGAAUUUCAUGUCUACCAUCUUUAUUACAAGAUGAAAAAGGACAAAUAUAUUCAGGGCUUUGUCAAAGCUGCCAAUGAAGCUAAUGAGGGUGAUACUUCUGAAGACAAAUCGGCUCAGAAUCUUCAGCGAAGCGUUAGUUUUUCUAUAAAGCCAAGGCCUAAAGACCAAGAAGGAGGCCAGCAGCCAGGCAAACCUUGGCUGUUUGAGUAUGAUAGCAGUGAAGGAGAAGACGAUAAACAAAGGGACCAGCUGUGUGAGAACCUUUCUGGUACAGUCACUCCAACAGCUAAAGUUGUACAAGAUGAAGAUUCACAAAAAGAACUUGAAGAAAAGCUGAAAGAUAAACUGACCAGUGCUAUGAAAGAGAGGAUAUCUCAAUCUCAUAAAGAGAAACAGGUUCAGAUGGAACGGAAGAGAAAGGCAGCCAUGUUCUUAAAUCUUAUUAAAACAAAUCAGCCUUCAGGCCCUAUGCCUACUAUCAUAACAGAUGAUUCUGCUCCUUUGUAUGUAGGUGAAGGAGUUUCCAACCCUCUGGUGUAUGAAUAUGACAACCAACCUUUUCCACAAGUGAUGGCUAAGCCUGACAGAUCCUCCUCCAAGUCCAAAAAGAGACGGCGGAGAUCUCCCACCCCGCCAAGUGCUUAUAAUCUAGAAAGAAGGUCACCUAGUCGGCCCACUCCUCCACGGUGGCCGGUCAGGCCAGCACCCUGGUCAUCUCUGAGGGAAAGGACUCCACCCUGGCAGCGCAGAAACCGUGAAAUGGCAUUCCGAAGGUCAAGAUCACGCUCCCCAAACAGAAAAGAAGAUAAAAGAAACAAAUAUAAAAGGUCCAAGUCCAGGUCUCCACCAAGAAGAGAGAGGAACAAAGAGGAAUCUCGACAUGCUAAGGAUAAGCAUAAAACGAAAGAGAAAAAAAAAGAGAAGAGAAGGCACAGGAGUCGAGACAGAGACCAAGCCAGACCAAUGAAAACAGACCAGGGAGUUGAAGACGGCAGUGGUAGUGAUGUGGAGAUAUUGGAUAAAUCACCGGAUAACAGGGCUUUCAACAACAGAACAGCUGCAGGAAAUGUCAAGAAUAGAAGCAUUUUUAAGAGUGAGAGUACAGAUGACUUGAUAGAGUCAGUGAGUAGGACAACAAGUCAGGGGAAUUCACCUGCACCAUUGGCGGACAUCUCCAGGAGCAGCACCCCAAGCAGAUCCUCAACAGAUAACACAUCCAUUGCAUCAUCUGACCUGAUGAGCAAAGUGCGAGCCAUGCUCAAGAAAAGUCGAGAACUGAUUCGGAAGGAAGAGGGAUUCUCAUUAGAGGAUACAUAACUCUGUUUAAUUUUGAAUGUCAUUGUAUUUAUCCUAAGUAUGUGAUUGUAAAUAUGGGCAGUGUUGUAUGUGAUAGUUUGUGUGUGACUGAGUUGUGUGUGAGAUGUGUGUCUGUGACUGAUUGUGUGGUUUGAAUUUUGUGGCUGCAAUGUAAAUACAAGAAGAAUCACUUGGUGCUAAAGAACCACUGUAAAUAGUGCUUUUGAUUUAAAAAUAUUAGGGUAUUUUGUUUACAUAUGUUGUUGUGUAAAAAAUUAUGUCUCUGCAUGUAAUUGAUUCUUUUUACUAUGAUGGAGACGCAGUGGCUGCGUAGUAAAGCACUUGUCUUCUGAACUGUGAAGUCCUGGGAUUUUUUUUUUGGGAUGUAUAGGGCGCCUCUGAGUCCACCCAGCUCUAAUGGGUACCUAACGUUUGUUGGGAAACGCAGAAGCAGUUUGUCGUUGUGCUGGCCACAUGACACCUUUGUUAACACUGGGCCACAGAAACAAAUGACCUUAACAUCAUCUGUCCUAUAGAUUGUAAGGUCUGAAAGGGGAACUAUACUUACUUUUGCUAUGAUUCAUGACAUUGAAAGUAAAUUAAAGCAUCUUAUUUUUAGAGCCAAGUGAAUUUAACAAGUCUCACAUUUAGUAUAGCCUUCAUAAUUUUUGCUCUAACAUAUUUAAAGGUUUUAGUUCUGUUAAAAAGAAGCUUGCUGAUUAUAUAUGCCGUUAUUUUCAUAUUAACAUCUAUUUGGAUAAAAAUUCUGUUGACAACAUCCUCUGAGUAAGACCUACUCAGUGUGAAUAUACUCUGAGUAAGACCUACUCAGUGUGAAUAUACUCUGAGUAAGACCUACUCAGUUCGAAUAUUAUUUUCGGCAUUUCAAAAUGAAGUAUAAGAACUACAAACUUUUUGUUGUCAAAAGUAAUUUCUAGAUGCAUAAUUAGUUUUUAUUUGAAAGUUUCUGGAUUUGUUGUGUGUAAAUGUAAAUACAUUAUAGGCAUUAAAUGACUUGUAGGCAUUGUCAUGAGUGACUAUCCUGGUAGACAUUUAAGUUGUGGGCAUUGUCAUGAGUGACUAUCAUGGUAGACUCUUUCAAUUCUGGUCAUUGUCAGCUCAUAAUUAGAGAGUUACUCAAAUGAAUAUAGUUGUAUAUAAAAUAGGUGAAAUGUGAUGUACAUAUAUUGAACAGAGUAACUGUUUUGUUGAUAGUUUGUAACAAGCAUUACAUUUCAAUUGUCCAUCAUAUUGAUUGAUUUUGUUCAUAUUGAUUGAUUGAAUGCUGACAAAUAAAUUGGCUAGAAAAAAAUGA